AUGUCUGAUUUUGCUGCUCCUUCGGGUCCCCCGCCGCCCAAGGCGCCCGACGUGCCUUCUGGCUGGGUAGCUCGUUGGAACGCCGAAUACAAGGAAUGGUUUUACGUCAACCUUGCCACGAAACAGUCGCAGUGGGAACGCCCAACCGCGCCCGUCGCCGGCUCCGGCGCCCCCGACGACGGCCCUCCCCCGUACGACGCCAACAGCAGCAGCGGAGGCGCCGCCGCCGCACAGGAUGUCAAGCGUCCCCAGGACAGCAAGCACGACGACAACAACCGCAGCAACCCGCCCGCUCCCUACGGCGGCUCUGGCAAUAGCCACGAGGACGACGAGGCCCUGGCUCGCCGGCUGCAGGCCGAGGAGGAUGCCCGUAGUGGGGGUCGUCCUGGCGGCGGCUCCCCGUUUCCCUCAGAGCUGCCUCCGCGCGAGGGCGCGUCUGGCGAGCGUGGUCUGCUAGGGAAGCUGUUGGGUCGCAAGAAUAACAACAAUAACAACAACAGCAGCAGCAAUCCACCGGGUGCCUACGGCGGCAGCUACAAUAACCAGCAAGGCGGACAGUACGGCGGUGGCUACAACCAAGGUCCGCAGUACGGUGGCGGCUACCCCCAGCAAGGUGGGCAGUACGGCGGUGGCUACAACCAAGGUCCGCAAUACGGCGGUGGCGGAUACCCCCAGCAGGGCGGCUACAACCAAGGUCCCGCGCCGUACGGCGGCGGCUAUCCCCAAGGCGGUCCCGGCUACGGCGGGGGUCCUGGGUAUGGAGGCGCCGGCUACGGGGGCGGUUACGGUGGUGGUUACGGUGGUGGUGGCUACGGCCAGCAGCCGCCGCGGAGAGCCGGCGGCGGUGGCAUGGGCGCAAUGGGCGGCAUGGCCAUGGGCGCGGGUGCCGGUCUGCUGGGCGGCAUGAUGCUCGGCUCGGCAUUGGAGCACCAUGAUCAAGACGAGUACAGGGACGGAUAUGAGGACGGUCGUGAGGACGCCGGCGGCGACUUUGAUGAUGGCGGCGGUGGUGAUUUCUAA